AUGACAGCGGCCUUAGAGGUGGUCCUAGCAAGUCAAGUGCAGCGCUAUAUGGACGCGUAUGUAUAUGAGAAUGCAAUUUUUCUAGCCGAGAGACUUGUUGCACAUCAUUUGACCGAGGCAAAUACGCUGCUCUUGGCCACGUGUUACUAUCGAGAUGGAAAAACAGCUCGAGCAGCAGCUGUAUUAUGUGGUACAACGAGGCCGGAGAAUCGUUAUUUGCUGGCCUGUUGCUGCUUCCAGCAAGGCCAGUUGGUAGAAGCUGAGAACGCGCUGCUAGGAGGAGAAAGGCAUUGCAUGGACGAUGUGGAUGGAUGGAUGGAUAAUGUACCAUGUGGAGCUGUUGGACUGUAUUUAUUGGGACGAGUCUACAGACGUGGAAAUAGAGGGCAACAGGCUGUGGCAUGUUUUGUCAAGAGCUUAGAAAUAGACCCAUUCUUGUGGUCAGCGUACGAGCAGCUAUGUGAUCUUGGAGCAAACCUUGAGGCUUCGAGGUUCUUUGGUGCUGCCAAUUACUUCAAUAGCACUGGAACGGCAAAUAAACUUGGCAAAGAGUUUGAAGACAGACCUGAGUUUGACGAUAAAAAUGGUAGAAAAGGACCGGACUUUGGUGAAAAUGGGGAGCUUUGUCGCGAGGGUAACAACAACGCUGACGAUUUGUUUACUGAUGGAACUUUUGCAAAAUCAGAAUCACCUCGGCAUUUUGGUCUCGGUACGCCAAAGAGUGCAGCUGCCUCGAAACUCCGCUCAUUUCAAUCUUUGGAUUAUAAAACACCAAGUGUGAACAAUAAGAAUAACGACAAUAUGCACACAGCGAUGGUCGCAAAGAAACAACGAGUAGAACAAAUUGGAGCACCAGCGCGACAGAAGAUAAGUUACCGGCGCCCACUUGCAGAUAGUGACGAUAAGAUGCGAGCUAACGCAAGGCUGUCAUUCUCAGCUGUUGGACUCGACGACUCACCAUUGAACCCAUCGAAAUUGGCGCUAAGCUCUGCAAUACCUCCGUUUCCUACCCGACGUUUUCGCCAGGUAUCUGGCUCCUCCUAUAACAAAGGCCCUUCGGAUUGCGUUGAUGGUCGACGGGAGUUGUUGCGUCUACUCAGUUCUUUUGGCUCUAUUUAUCAGAAAUUAAGUGUGUACAUGUGUCGAGAAGCGCUUGAGAUACUGAAUCGCCUUCCUACCACCCAGUUUGCGUCUGGCUGGGUACAACAGCACAUUGGACGAGCUUGUUUUGAAAUGGCCGACUAUGAGCGAGCAGAAGAUGUAUUUUGUGCUUUACACAGGACGGAGCCUCAUCGAAUGGAAGGCCUUGACAUAUACUCGACAACGUUAUGGCAUCUUAAGAAAGACGUAGAGCUUUCUUACUUGGCCCAGCGAGCGACAGAUUUUGACAAAUUAUCGUGCGAGGCAUGGUGUGCUGCCGGUAAUUGUUUCAGUUUGCAGAAAGAGCACGACACUGCAUUGGCUUUUUUCCAGCGAGCAAUUCAACUGGAUCCAUCGUUCACGUAUGCAUACACGCUCUCAGGUCACGAAUACGUUGCAAACGAGGAUUUUGAAAAGGCAGUGAACUGCUAUCGACAUGCAAUUCGUACCGAUUCACGACACUAUAAUGCUUGGUAUGGUCUGGGCACGAUCUACUAUCGGCAAGAGAAGUUUGAGUUUGCUGAGUACCAUUUCAAGCGCGCUUUGGAGAUUAAUCCUCGGAGCUCGCUGCUGCAUUGCUUUCUAGGCAUGGUACUACACGCCACGCACAGAUACGAUGAAGCGUUGUCCGCACUUGGCAUCGCUGCUGAGCUUCAGCCAUUAAAUCCUCAAGCCCGGUUUCAGCGUGCUAACGUGCUGAUCACCCUGCAGCGAUACGAGGAAGCUCUAGACGAACUCCACGUUGUGAAAAACUCUGCGCCGCGUGAGUCUUCUGUGCACUUUAUGAUGGGAAAAGUAGCUAAAAAGCUCGGUCGUAUUGACAAAGCGAUGAAGUAUUUCACCUUGGCAUUACACUUUCAUCCGAAAGACAACAACCAAAUCAAGGUAGCCAUUGACAAAAUUAACGAACCAGACGAUGACGACGACAACGGUGGCAUGUAG